AUGAAGCUGUUGAUCGGUCUUGGUGUCGGUUUGGCUUGUGCAGUGGUAAUUGUUGUAGUCGUGCCAACUAGUGUCCUGCUAAGUCGCAGAAGUAGUGCCACGACAACGACUUCCGCACCAGAUAACAUUACAUCAUUUGUUAUAUCAACAGCCACCUCCGCACUACAGACAACAGCAACUACCGUACUACAGACAACAGCAACUACCGUACUACAGACAACAGCAACUACCGUACUACAGACAACGGCAACUACCAUACUAGAGACAACAGCAAGUACCGUACUACAGACAACAACAAGUACUAUACUACAGACAACGGGAACUACCAUACUAGAGACAACAGCAACUACCAUACUAGAGACAACGGCAACUACCAUACUAGAGACAACAGCAACUACCAUACUACAGACAACAACAAGUAUAUGUCCUCAAGACACUUCUUUCAACUCCACAUGUAAAUCAACCGACACUCCUACUGGGAUAAAUCCGUGCAACCCAGUAACCACUUGCGAUCCAAAUUCUACACUGAUAUAUUAUUAUAGUAAUUCCCCAGCGGUCAUUGAUUGUGCAGGAAGCUUCGCAAAUCCGGGUACAGAACUUUUCGUUUACGCACCCACAUGUGACGCAUCCACGACUUGUAGUACUGAUACGGACUGCCAAACUUAUUUCGACGCUGUAUGCGUUAGUGAUCCAUCAAGUUGCGGUGUUGCUACCGGAUUUUGUGCUGUCAAAACAACCGGACAAAAUUGUGGACGCUCAAGUUAA